GUUUUCCCACUCCUGACCCACCACAAACUCCACUUACGCUUGGGAACGACGUACGUUAGGAAACCAAACGUCUUUCUUCUUCCUCCAACACUUGGAGACCUUUCACGCAGACCAAACGACUUGAAGAAGAAGACUCACCAUCGUCAGUUGAAGAAGAAGACCCGUCAUCUAUGUGACAGAGAUUUGCUCACCUGUUGUUCAACUAUGGAAGCUAAUAAUGGAAUAUUAGUUCACAUGGAAACUGAUUCGGAAACAAAUCCUUCUGUAUCAAUUUUCUAUCCUCAAGUAAUUGGUGAGCUCACUCCCUUCCAAGGUCAACAAUUUGAAACAUUAGAAGAAGUGUAUGACUUUUACAAUCAGUAUGCAAGGGAAGCUGGGUUUAGUGUUCGAUCAUACUCUAGUAAGAAGAGUAAAGACGGAGAGGUCAUACGAAAAGAGUACGUUUGCAAUAAAGAGGGAAGUUGGUCAACUGAAACAAGCGGUGUUGUAAAAAGGUGUCGUGGAGUAGGUAGAGAGUCUUGUAAGGCACGGCUAAUAGUUGUUAAAUCAAAAUAUGGUGGAUACGUAGUCACCAUAUUUGAAGAGGCUCAUACUCAUCCAAUGACAACCCCACGAAGACGCCACUUAUUAAAGUCUCAUCGUCGAAUUUCUGGUGUUGAUCAACUUGUAGCACAACAACUAAUAUCCGUAAAUGCCUUUUGAUGCGCAGUGUAUUGAACAAAGAAAACCAUUCAGAAAUCAUUUCAAUUAAAAGGAAACAAAUUUGUUCUGCUGCUA